GAACCAAAAAGCAGCACCCUGAAUUUCUCAUCGUUCAAAUCAAGCUUCACUUCCAAUGUUAAUUUCCUGAAGAGAAGAUUCAGCUCGGGAGACUUGUCUUCCGAGGUCGACGAUGUCGACCCCAAUAGCCUGCCGCCGGCGGCCCGACCCAUCCAGGAUCAGCCGACCAAGCCGCCGUCCGUUGGCGGUGGUGGUGGCGGAAGCGGUCCGCCAAACAUGCCGCCUCCGCCGGCACCGGGCCAGCCAGCCGGCGCCGCUCCGGAGCUCUCGCUGAGCUUUGGCGCCGGCAAGGCUCCGCCCACCACCGCCGCCCCCGGGCCACCGCGGGGCGUGAGUGCGCCAACCAGCCCGGCCAAGUCCAGGGAAAGCCUGCUCCAGCGGGUGCAGAGCCUGACAGGCGCCGCCCGGGAUCAGGGAGCUUCCAUCUUAGGAGCUGCGGUGCAGAGCGCCACCCAACGGGCGCCGACCUUCAACAAGGACAAGUACUUUACGCUCCUCGUUCUGGAUGACCAGAACACGGACUGGUCCAAGUACUUCCGCGGCCGCCGGCUGCACGGUGACUUCGACAUCCGCGUGGAGCAGGCCGAGUUCAGGGACAUUACGGUGGUGUCCAGCGCCGACACCGGACCGGUUGUCACCAUGGCGGCCUAUCGCAGUGGAACCCGGGUGGCGCGCUCCUUCCGGCCGGACUUUGUGUUGAUUCGCCAGCCUCCGCGCGAUGGAUCCAGCGACUUCCGCUCCACAAUCCUGGGCCUGAAGUACGGCGGAGUGCCCAGCAUCAACUCGCUGCACUCAAUCUACCAGUUCCAGGACAAACCCUGGGUAUUCUCGCACCUGUUGCAGCUGCAACGCCGCCUGGGACGCGACGGCUUUCCACUGAUCGAGCAGACCUUCUUCCCCAAUCCACGGGAUCUGUUCCAGUUCACCAAGUUCCCUAGCGUUCUGAAGGCUGGACACUGCCACGGCGGAGUGGCCACCGCCCGACUGGAGAACCAGAGCGCCCUGCAAGACGCCGCUGGGCUGGUGAGCGGCGCCGGCAACGAUUCCCACUGCUACUGCACAAUUGAGCCCUACAUCGACGCCAAGUUCAGCGUGCACAUCCAGAAGAUUGGCAACAACUACAAGGCAUUCAUGCGCAAAUCCAUCACCGGCAAUUGGAAGACCAAUCAGGGCUCCGCCAUGCUGGAGCAAAUCACCUUAACCGAGAAGUACAAAAGCUGGGUGGAUGAGAUAUCGGAGCUCUUUGGCGGCAUGGAAGUAUGCGGCCUGUCCGUGGUGGUGGCCAAGGAUGGGCGCGAGUACAUCAUCAGCGCCUGCGACAGCACCUUCGCCCUGAUCGGUGACACCCAGGAGGAGGAUCGCCGCCAGAUCGCUGACUUGGUCUCGGGACGGAUGCAGAACGUUUGCCGUCCCAGCAUGGCUCAGACCGGACCCGGCAAGCUGCCCUCCCGCUCUUCGGUGUCUUCGCGCGCCGAGAGCCCCACUGACGAGAGCAUUGCCCCCACUCCGCCUCUUCCGGCCGGCCCUCGCCCGGCACCCAUGGGCGGCCCGCCGCCGAUUCCCGAGCGCACCUCCCCAGCCGUGGGCUCCAUCGGACGGCUUAGCAGCCGCAGCAGCAUCUCGGAACUGCCGGAGGAGCCUUCCUCCUCGGGCCCCAGCACUGUGGGCGGUGUGCGCCGCGACUCUCAGACCUCGCAGGCCUCGAGCAUCUCCUCGGCCUCGCGGGUGGGCCAGAGGCCGCCCCAGAGCCAGACCUCGGUCGUAGAGGAUGCCGAGGACACCAUGAAGAACCUGAGGAAGACCUUCGCAGGCAUAUUCGGGGACAUGUAGGAAAUCGCUAACAAGAAGCGCGGCAGGACGGCGAGCGAGACGAGCAGCGGCCCGGGCAGUGUACCCGGAAGCGCCGGACCGGGGACUGGGGGAUUUAGUGGCUCCUUCCUCGGUAAGCAGUUCUCGUUCGCCAGCAAGACAGGCGCAGGUGCGGGCGAGGGGGUAAUAUCUACCCAGCCGACCCGUCCCAGCGAAGAACCACCUGCCGUGCCCGGAGAGGCUCCGCCGGGCAGCAGCGUUUCGGAUAGCGGUUUAAAAAACACGGAUACGGACAGAGCCGGCUACCAGCCAGUGACCAACUUUGAACCCCAGGAGAGGGUCAACCCGUUCGACAAGGACCCGCACAAGUCGCAGAGUGCGGCCAGCAUCAACACCACCACCUCGUCAUCCUCAUCGAUGUCAUCCUCGUCUAUCUCGUCGAGAGUCAAUCGGAACGGUAAUGCGAUGAAGUCACCGCCACCCCCGACAGGACCUCCGCCGCCGCCUCCUACCCAUAGCGGUGGCUACAGGAACAGCUUCAGCAGCUCCCUGAGCAAGGACAAGACCAGCUACGGCAACUACGGGAGCAACACCUCGGUGGAAACCAUCACCAGGAUGGACACCACCAACACAGGCGCCCCAACGAUCACAGAGGCCAACGGGGUGACAGCCAUAACCAACAUCAGCAAUAGCGGCGUGGGAUCGGGAACCGGACCAGGAUCAGUGGGAGAGACUGCUCCGGCCAUUGGAACCAUCACCACAUCGGUGACCACCAACGACUGGCGGUCGGCCAUCGGAAUGCGAUCGGCCAGCGUUUACAGCGCCCCGGCAGCAGUGACCACGACUGGAGCCCUGCCCGGAGACACCUCCGGGUACGACUCGAACUCCAUAGCCUCCCAGGGCGCAGGAUACAACAACCCCAGCGACCUGCCGUCGUACACACGGCCCUCGUACUCCCGCUCCGAGAGCAAUGCCUCCAAGCAGUCCGAUCUCGACGUCAUCUUCGGCGACACCAAGACCACCCCGAUCUCCUACGGAAACGGCAAGUACACCCGGGCAGCUGGAUCGCUUUCGGACGCUGACAUGAUCUUCGGGGGACCGCCCUCGAACUACAAGAGCGACCGCUUCGGGGCCGCCAAGAGCAUGAGCAUGAGCUCCAGCGGAGUGGGCGGAUCCGGCAACGGGUCGGGCAGUUACAAGAUCUACGACGGCAUCCAGAAUGCGGCAUUCAGCGAUUUCAGCGACUCGGGCAGUGUGAGCAGCAUGGGUUCGAACAGCAAGCGCUGGAGCAGCCACAACAAGGAGGAGGACGACGAGCUGGACUUGAAGUAGAACCAUCAGACCCAACACACACAUUGAACUAUAAACAUUCGCGAGAAUCUAUCUGUUUUCUGCCUCUGAAGUUUCCUGGUUUCAUGGGACUCACUCAUUUGAAGCAUCAACCUUACGUUACUAUCUAUGUAUUCAUCUAUCUAUGUAUCUAUCUAAACUCAGACUAUACUCAUUCUUGCAACUUCAGUUGCCACUCACGAGAAGCGAAAGCAGAAGAUGCUAUUUAGGACACACUGUAGUACUGUACACUACUAACAUAUAAUUAUAACCACCAAUGCCACAACAAUAAUGCAACAGCCCCUAUUUGUGUAGAGCCAUGUGCGAAAUGACUUGACUGGUUUUGCAGCAUGACAGAAAAUGAAGAAUGAAUUAAGAAAGAGGACUAUUUAAUUACCACUCUUGAACAUUUUGAACGAAGGUAUAUAUAUAUAUUAAAUAUAUUAUUGAGACAGAUAUUGAUAUUAUAUAGCAGCAUAUAUUAAACCAAUUGAACGUUGACGUAAAGUAUUCAUUUUUAUGAGAAGAACUUUUAAUAAAUCGAACUAUUAAUGAAUCUGUUAUAUACCAACAUGAGACACGUAUGAAAUCCUAAAACUAUAAAAUAAAAGACAAUAUAAGCAAAAGUUUAAAGAAGCAAGCGUUUAACACUAAUAUAUAUGCGAUAUUAAUGUAUUUGGAAAUUACUAUGAGCAAAUGUUACAUACCCAACACAGAACACAGCUACUCACACAAAUUAAAUGUUUACCACAAAUAUUAUGAUUAUUAUUACGUAUUAGCGUUAAUGUUUGCGGCAGAUAUGCGGCAGGAAGAUAUAUAUUAUAUGGAUGAGGACAUGGAGAGGAGAAGGCAGUACCGGGCAUUAUGACAAGCAAUGUUAGUCUAGGAAGAACCAUAACGAACCAAACAUAUUCGAAGACCCUUCGGGGUCUCUAUAGGACGGCUUAGUCGGUACAGAAGAGCUGGAGCGGAAAGUUAGAUAAUUGCAUAAACAAAUAUUUAUAAUUGUUGCGAGCGACAACAACGAAGUCACAUUGAAUAACUGAAGAUAUUAUUUAGCAAAAUGUUCGUUCUGUUACGCACAUGUGAGAGCAUUAUUUAGAGCAAUAGCCAAUUUAUUGAACGUUAUUAGACACGAGAUCAUUUCCUCUGGGUUGUAUUCCUCUUCGAUUUUAUCCAAUAACGGCAUGAGGAUUUUAAGGAUAAUUGUUAAUUUGUACUAUUACUCCCUCGAUUUUAGUAGAGUUUUACUUAAAGACAAUUUUACAACUACUAUACGCAAAACAUUCUGUUUUCGGUUAGUCACUUUGUCAUCCUAUCGUCUAUAUACAAAUAUAUAUAUAUAUGAAAUAUUGUAAUUGUAAGGAAUCUCUUUGGCUACAAGUACUUUCGUCAACGUAUCAUCAUCAUUUGAACCAACCGGCACAUAUUCACGCAAUGUUUUAUAAACAUAUACACUUAUAGCGACAAGUUAGAACGAAAAGUACACAAAUAUAUACAGGCAUCACCCCACAUACCAUAUAUCUCGACGAAGAACAGUUUACACCCCAUAACGAUAUCAUGCAUCAAAGUGCUGAAAAAAUACUCGUAAAUUGAAAUUCAAACGAAAUACUCAAGCAUAAAGCGUAUAACUUACACACGACUUCUAAUCUGUUACAAAAUAAAUACCGAAAUAAAUACUCGUAUUAUUGUGAAAGUAAAGUAAAG